GUUUUGAGCCUGUGGUGAUAGAAAAUGUAUUAGAAGGUGAUGAGCUACGGACAGACAUUGAAGCAGUGGAGGCUAAAAUCAAGGCUCUUGGUGCUGAAAAUAUUCUUUGUGUGCAUUCUACAACAUCUUGCUUUGCUCCAAGGGUGCCUGAUAGACUGGAGGAACUGGCUGGGAUUUGUGCUAAUUAUGACAUUCCCCAUAUUGUCAACAAUGCGUAUGGAGUACAGUCUUCAAAAUGUAUGCAUCUUAUCCAGCAGGGUGCUCGAGUAGGCAGAAUAGAUGCUUUUGUUCAAAGCUUGGACAAAAAUUUUAUGGUUCCAGUAGGUGGUGCUGUCAUUGCUGGCUUCAAUGAGUCCUUCAUUCAGGAGAUCAGCAAAAUGUAUCCAGGAAGAGCAUCUGCGUCUCCUUCCUUAGAUGUCCUCAUUACCCUUCUGUCUCUAGGUGCCAGUGGCUACAAACAGUUACUGAAAGAGAGAAAG